UCGUGAAUAAUUGUUAUAGUUGGAAGGAGAGCCAAAUCUCUGGCGGGGGGCGUCGGGGGUCCUCCGUGUCUACCCGCGAAAAUGGGGGUGGAUUGGACCCAACUACCACCAGAACUCGCCGAAUCAAUCUCCAAAAAGCUCACAAUCUACGCCGACUACCUCCGAUUCCGAGUUGUGUGUCACAGCUGGCGAGCCUCCGUCCCCAAAACCCCGCACCACCUCCCUCCCCAGCUCCCCUGGCUGAUGCUCCCCCAAUCCCAGCCCAACCAAUCCCACCGGGCCUUCUUCAACCUCUCCAACAGCAGAGUCCACUUCCUCCACCUUCCAGAAGCUUCUCACCGCAAGCGUCGCUGCGGCUCCUCCCACGGAUGGCUCGUCAUCCUCGACGAAACACCCUCCGUCCUCCUCGUUAACCCCCUCACGCGCGCCAGGCGCCACCUCCCUCCGCUCUCCACCUUCCCCGACGUUGUUCGAUUUGAUUACUCUGAAGUUGGCCGAGAAUACGCCCUCCGAUCCCCGUCUGGUGACGUCUACACGCGCAGCCUGACCCAAAUGCGCGAUUCGUUUCUGAAAAAGGUCGUCCUUUCAUCUAGUCCUCUGGAAGCCAACGGUUUCACUUUCACCGCCGUAGCGAUUGUCAAUCAAACCGGCGACUUGGCGUUUUGCAGGGAAGGAGACCAGUCUUGGACUUUGAUCGACGGCGCACAGUCGUAUUCCGAGGAUGUCAUAUCUGUCAACGGCUUGUUUUACGCCGUCGACAAGAAGGGAACCGUGGUGGUGUGCGAUGUUAAUGGUCCGUCUCCGUCUAGGGUUGGGAUUAUCCGAACGCCGAGACUAGAGGAGGCCGACAUGCGAUAUUUGGUGAGUUCAGGGGAUGAUUUGUUAUUGGUGAGUCGGUAUUUGGAGAUUGAUUACGGUUUUCUGGUGGACAGUAUGAAUGUAAAUUACAAGACAGCAAAAUUUGACCUUUUUAGGAUGAAUUGGGCGGGGGAGAGGUGGGACAAGGUUGAGAACUUGGGUGAUAGGAUGGUGUUUAUUGGCGAAAACUCAUCGUUUUCAUUGUCGGCCUCUGAUUUUCCAGGAAGUCUUGGAAAUUGCGUUUAUUUCACAGACGAUUAUUCGGAAUCAAACAACGAGAGCGGAGUUGGGGGAUAUGAUUCGGGCAUUUUCAAAUUAUGGGAUGGAACAAUUCAAGAGUUGCCCCCUUAUCCAGGGAAUUCGAAUUAUGAGGUGCAUUGGCCUGCCGGCUCUCUACCUCUUUGGGUAACUCCAAAUCCAUGCUGAUGCAGUGAAGGCAGGUCAUCAUUUCAAUUGAAUGGUAAUUAAUCGCAGUUAUCAGGUGUUAAUCAUAAUGUUAAACAACGGUUUGUACAUAAUAUAUUUUCUGUUUCAUUCAUUUGUUUAUGAUGUGUGUUAAGUGUGUACACCCGCUCUUAGAAUUCCAUGUAAUAAUUGACUCUCUGCAGUAAUCCGUUAUAUGUCAAUGUUUAAUAACUGAGAUACCGCCGUUGUGUAUCAA